CUGAUAUUCCCGUACUUAUUAUCCAAACAUCCUGUUAUAAUUUAUGUAGUGCAGCGGCGCAUGGAACGCCCCAAUAUACCUAAUUCUCACAAUUUGGAGCACCGCGGUCCAGUGUACGCCCGCGCCCGCCCAUCGUUAUGGCUCAAAGUGCGUUAUUUAUUUAUUUUUAUCAACAACCUGAUCUUCCGCGCGUCUCACCUUAGUAUCAAUAUAGACAGCGGUUAGAAGACACGACCACUUUACCACAAUUGACAAAACGGUCAAUGCGUUUAACAUUUCGCGCGCCCUUAUACCACAUGGAUUUCGGUUGCUACGACAAGGACUCGGGGGAAGUGGAGUGCUACCUCGAAAUACGUAAAUACAUUUUCACUAAACGCUAUCAACGGUGAUUUAUAGCUUUCUUAUUGUUGUGGAACAUCGCAUUGUAAUUGAUAUUUUUAGUUGGAAUCAGUGUAGUUUUUGGGUCGUGUAAACAGCUGGACUCUUCUGACAGUAAGUUACACCGUAUGUCAGCGCAGUCCGUGAUUGUUAGUCGAGUAAAACGCUAUUAUUGCGAAUUUAUUGCUCCUCCCUCCGAUAUAACAAUAACAUAAUAACACAGUAAGGUACGGUGAGCUCUCAAAAUGCACACGGAGCUAAGAACGAUAAGCACUAGGCGUGACAACGUGCCCAGUCGUGAGUAAACACUGAACUUUGUGCGCUUGCCGUCCCAACAAUUAUUAAAUACGCUCUAAUUUUGAACAUUUGAAUAUUUUAGAUUGCGAUACGGGUACUUCUUGCGCUAUCACGAUACAAAUGCCGAAUCCAGAGGCGGUGGGAUGUAUAGAACGGUUCGCAACGUUUUUAUCGUUCCUGCUCGUGAUCAUCACCUUCCCGUUUUCGCUGUUCGAGUGUUUCAAGGUGGUGCAAGAAUUCGAAAGAGCUGUAAUAUUUCGCCUAGGUCGGUUAAGAAAGGGAGGUGCGAGAGGACCUGGUCUGUUUUUCGUGCUGCCGUGUAUUGACACAUAUAGGAAAGUUGACCUGCGUACUGUGUCUUUUGACGUCCCUCCCCAAGAGGUCCUGACACGAGAUUCAGUGACAGUGGCGGUAGAUGCCGUUGUCUACUAUCGCAUUAAAGAACCUUUAAAUGCAGUCGUUCGAGUUGCUGACUACAGUGCCUCAACGCGUCUGCUUGCUGCAACAACACUUCGCAAUGUUCUCGGCAUGCGAGACUUGGCUCAGCUGCUGUCCGACAGAGAAGCAAUAAGCCACAUGAUGCAAGCCAGCCUUGAUGAAGCUACUGAUCCUUGGGGAGUUGAAGUGGAGAGGGUCGAAAUAAAAGACGUGCGAUUACCAGUUCAACUACAAAGAGCCAUGGCUGCUGAAGCCGAGGCAGAUCGUGAAGCUCGAGCCAAGAUUAUAGCAGCGGAAGGAGAAAUUAAAGCGUCCAAAGCUUUGAAAGAAGCAUCUCUCGUUAUGAUUGAUAACCCUAUGGCGUUACAGUUGCGGUACCUCCAGUCACUGAGCUCGAUAUCAGCCGAAAAGAAUUCGACAAUCAUAUUUCCCUUUCCGAUGGAUUUCCUGAAAACAUUCCUUGGAGGACCUGGACCAAGUUCGCAGCAACAAAUCAACUUGUAGACAGUGCAUUGGUGGCAGUUAAUCUAAAUAAUUCUAGUCAAAUUGUAAUUAAAUUAUUAAGUGC